AUGCGGGGUCCCGGUGCGUCCCUGCGGGCGCUGCUGUGCCUGGCGGUGGCGCUGGCGGUGGGCGGGGGUCGCCCCGUGCGGCUCGAGAGGGUCCGGGCGGACGCGCGGGCCCUGACCCGGACCCUCAGCACGCGCCUGCAGCAGCUCCAGCUGUUCCCGCUGACCCUGCGCAUCUCGGGCCUGGAGGGGGUCCCGGAGGGGGCGCUCCCGGACGGGGGGGCGCCCCCGGGGCUGGGCUGGGCCGCCCAGCGGCUCCAGCUGUUCCAGCGGCUGCUGGCGGCGCUGCCCGGGGCCGACCUGCGCCUGGCCCAGGUGGCCAACGACCUGGAGAACCUGCGCAGCCUGCUGGCCGUGCUGGGCGCGCUGCUGGGCUGCCCCGCGCCCCGCGAGCCGCCCCCGGCGCCCCCCGCGCCGCCCAACGAGGCCCCGCACACGCUGGCCGGGGUGGCCCUGGCGCGGCUCCGUGGCUGCCUGGACGGGGUCGCCGCCCGCCUCGAGGGGGUCCCCGCGUGUUAG